AUGUUAGCAGCUAUGGAUUUUGAUGGUGAUAUAGAAAGUGCACAUUCCUUUCUAGAUACUGGUGGAGACUUCUUACAUGUUCUCAAAAUAAAAGAUUAUUCAUUAUAUCAACUAGAUUGGGAGUAUCCAAAGAAAGAGGUUCUUGAAAUUUUCAGAACGGCUGGUAUUUAUAUACAAGAAACAACAUUAAAAUAUUGUAUGGCUAGUGGGCAAGCAGCUUUGAAUACAGAGAUAGCAUUGGCGGACACCGCUGGUACUCCAUAUGUCAAAAGGUCACCACUACUAGAUGAUGUACUGGAAACAUAUUAUCUCGGUGGGCUAGAAGAAAUAACAUCUUCAAUCAUUAGAUGCUUACCAAAUCUGAACUCAUGGUUUACUAAUGGAGUAUCAAAAGAUCCAUGGUCACUUUGUGGUGCUAUAAUACCCGAAUCAGUUAGUUUCAGCUCCAAUAUUAUCAAGACAGAAGGUACGUUCUUAACACCAAUGAUAUCCUUAUCAAACUUUGGAUCUUCUUUGACUUUUGGUGAAAAAUUAUUGAAUAAUGCACCUGCAUUUGCUGUUGGUGCACCAAAUGAAGAAGGGUCAGGAUCAGUAUACGUUAUGGCAUUGAGUGAAUUCGAACAAGGAAUAAGUACAAUUGAAAAUUUCAAGCUGUUACCAAAUAUUCCUAGAAAACCUUUUGAAACUGCUCAUAGAUUUGGAUCUGGUGUUUAUAAGUAUUCAUUAUUAGGUCAGGAUUUUUUACUCGUUACAGAACCGGGAACUUCAACAAUACAUCUUUUCUCAGGAAAUACCAAACUAUUGACAAUCAGUGACUUCACUUCAUCAUCAAGUUAUGGGUCUCGUGGUAGAAAGCAAGAAGGCGUAUCAAUCGAAACUUAUGAUUUUGAUGGUGACAACAUACCAGAUAUAAUUAUCAGCUCUCCCCAUAGUGACGACGGUGCACCACAAAGGGGAUUUAUACAGAUUUUAUCAGGUAAACGUCUCUCGUUGUUUUUGUUAGAAGGUAGACUUGGGAGUAUAAUUGAUAUGGAUGAAUUAAUCUACAACAAGUUAUAUUUACCAAAACUUUAUAAACUAAAAAGUGGAUAUGAACAAUUCGGUACGAAAGUUGCAGUAAGCAGAGAUCUGAUAUUUACAAGUGCUUCUGGAUUAGGUAUAGUGCUUCUUUUCGAUCAUGAUGGUGUUUUCAAACAUUCAAUAUUCUUGGAUAAGAUAGAUGGUCUUCCUAUUAAAAGAAAAACAUCUGAAGAAUCUCAUAGAUUUGGGUCUAAUUUCAUUAAAGUUGUUGAAUAUGAGGGACAAGAGUACCUUAUAGUUGGUGCACAUGCGUAUUCGGAAGGAACAUGUAUUUCAUGUGGUGCUGUAUACGCCUACAAAAUUCAAGGUUCUAAUAUAAAAUUCAUCAACAAGGUAACAUUAGACAUUUCAUCAAAACACUCAUUUGCCAAAUUUGGUUAUAAUAUGGUUAUUCAAGAUGAGGAUUUAUACAUUUCAGCUCCAAGAUAUUUAGCAUAUGGUGCAAUUUUCAAAAUCGAAUUCACGAAAUUGUUUAAUCCUGAUCAUGCUCGUACAAUUUUGAAAGACAUAGCAUUUGGUAAUGAAGGUGGUGAUUAUAUUGGAUAUGGUCAUUCUUUAACCUCAACUUACGGAAAGCUUAUCGUGGGAGCCCCAUAUUAUAAUUAUCAAAGAUCAAUUUCAGAUCCUGCAAAACUUAUAGGUGGUGUCAUCGUUUACGAAAUUUAA